AAUGAAGAUUUUCUGCAUGAAGAUAUCUCACGGAGAAUGAAUAUGGAACUACAGUGGGGCGAGGCAGAGAGUUUCUCCAGACAAUGGCAACACUUCAGAGCAAAGGGAAAGAUCUGAAAAAAAAGGAAAAGGAAAUAGAGAUAAGGCAGCAAAUGAAGUCACUGAUAUCGAGAUUGACCUUUUGUAUAAGGCAGGGGAGCUAGGCAACCAUUGCCCUUCAAGUCUUCUUAACACGUUGUGGUACAACAACACCACUCACUUUGGCAUUCGAGGAGGUGCAAUGGAGCACAGACAACUGCAAUGGGGCAACAUCACCUUGGGCUAUGACUUAGAAUUACAGUCCGAGUAUUUGGAAUACCAAGAGAGACAGGCAAAAACCAGAACCGGGGUUGACUUAAACAAUAUCACAAAGCAGAAUCCAAGGAUCUACGCCAUUGGGAGUGACAGAUGCCCAGUGGAAACCUACAAGACUUAUGCUGACCACCGCCCAACUAGGUUCUCUUCUGGAGAUCAUCCGUUCUAUCUGUCAACAAUUACACAUCAGAAGUUUCCGGAGGAGGAGGAACAGUGGUUUUUGCGAGCACCAGUUGGCAUCAACAAACUGAAAGACCUUAUGAAGGUCAUGGCAAGGAAUGCCAAUCUGCCGGCACUGUCAAGUGGAGAGCGGAUGACAAAUACCAGUGUGCGAAAGCGCUUAUGUCAGAAACUACUCCAGAAUAAUGUGCCGGACACCCAGGCCGUUCUGAUAACCGGACACAAGAAUGCCAACUCAUCGAACUACCGUGUCUUGUCUAAUUUGCAACAGAAAAACCCCUCGAAUCUUCUUUCUUCUCGACUAGUCAACGAGGGCUUGAAAAAACUCAACCUACUGGCACGGUCCAUUUUCAAUCGCUCUCUCAAUCUGAAUCUGUUUCCAACCAAAACACUUCCUUCGUAG